AUGGCCGACGAAUCCGCUACCCGCGAUGACUCUGUGGCUGUGACUGCCUCUGAACCUGUUGAAAAUGACUCGGAAGAAGCUGUCACUACUAAAGAGGAAAAAGUUCAAGAAGAACCUGGUUUUAAAGUAUUUGUUGGAAAUUUGGCUUUCCAAACCAGUGAACAACAAUUAGCCGACUUUUUUAAUAAGACCGGUAAAGCUAAUAUCAUUACUCGCGGAACGCGUUCCCUUGGUUAUGGUUUCGUUGCUCUUGAAACUGAGGAGGAUGCGAAUAAAGUCGUUGAAGAACUUAAUAAAAAAGAAUUGGAUGGCCGUCAAAUCAAUGUAGAAGUUGCCAAGCCUAAGGAAAAUACCACCGCUCCUACUUCUAAUCCUGGUCAUUCCUACCAUGGUCCUGGUUCGCGUCGUGGACGUGGAAGAUUUCGUGGUAGGGGUCGUGGACGCGGUAGGGGUCGUGGACGGGGCAGAGGUCGCGGUAGCUGGCAAGGUCGUCGUCGAUUCAACCGUGGCGAUGACGGCAAUGAUGGCGAUACUGCCAUUGUUCCCUCUGAUGCCCCAAAUGCUGGCGCUGUUAAAACUGGUGAACCAUCUAAAACGAUUGUAUUCGUUGCCAAUCUACCUUUCUCAAUUAAUGAUGAUGGCCUGAAAGAAAUUUUUAAAGAUUAUAACGUCGCUAAUGCGCACGUUGUUCGUCGUCGUGGUGGCCGUUCAAAAGGUUUUGGUUUCGUCACUUUUACUGACGAAGAAGAACAAAAGAAAGCCUUAGAAGGGUUAAAAACCGCCACGUCCGAAGGUAGAGAUUUGGUCAUUAAAGUUGCGUUAAGUGAGCAACAUAUUCAACCUGGUGAUGAUGCUGAAAAGACGGAAGCGCCUGCUGCUUCCUCUGAUGAGAAGAAAGAAACUGCCGCUUAA